UUGAAUUUUCCAAACGCCAAGUCAACGUCCAAACCACCAGCCAAUUCUGAAUACUAAUCAAUAAGUAAUAAGCAGCACCACUGUAAUUAAGAAGGGGCAGAAGAUGAUCAUGAGUCUUGAAGUAGAGCACAGAAGGAUCUACACUAAUGGAAUAUGGAUGCACAUAGCAGAGAAAGGCCAAGGACCUCUUAUUCUCCUUAUUCAUGGCUUUCCUGAGCUAUGGUCUUGCUGGGUUCAUCAGAUUAAUAACUUGUCGGCACAUGGUUAUCAUGUGGUUGCACCUGAUAUGCGAGGCUAUGGAGACUCUGACUGUCCUCAGGAUCCUUCCUCCUAUACUCUUUUCCAUACAGUUGGAGACUUGAUUGGCCUUCUUGAUGAGCUUGGACAAGAACAGGCAUUUGUGAUAGGACAUGACUGGGGUGCAGAAAUUGCAUGGCACCUUUGCCUUUUCAGGCCAGAUAGAGUAAAGGCUCUCGUUAACUUAGGCGUCCCUUAUCGGCCACGUUCCCCACAGUUCAAACCUUCUCACUACUUCACUAAAUAUGGACGAGGCUUCUACAUCUCCCAGUUCCAGGAGCCUGGAGGAGCAGAAAAUUCUUUCUCCAAGUAUGACUCGGUGACAAUUCUGAAGAAGUUUCUGUUGAUCAAUGCUCCUGAUCUUCUAGCAGCACCUCCAGGGGUUGAGAUUAUAGAUUUUCUCGAGACCCCAUCUUUGUUGCCUCCAUGGAUUACUGAAGAAGAGCUCCAAUUUUCUGCUAGCAAGUUUCAGAAAACUGGUUUCACAGGGGCCCUGAACUAUUACCGUGCUAUGGACUUGAACUGGGAGCUUCUUGGGGCAUGGCAGGGAGCUAAAAUUACAGUGCCUACAAAAUUGAUAAUUGGUGACAAGGAUUUGGGGUUUGUAUCAUUUGGGACAAAGGACUACAUUAAUGGAGAAAUAUUCAAGAGCUUUGUACCUAACCUUGAAGUGGUUGUCAUUGAUGGGCACCAUUUUAUCCAGCAGGAGAAAGCUGAACAAGUUUCUAAUGAAAUUUUAUCCUUUUUUAGCAAGAAACCAAAGAUGUGAUCAAUGAAUCAAUUAUGCAAAUAGUUUAGCACACCUUCAAUAAGUGCUAAUUCCUGAAAUUAAGUUUGUUGAUGUAUCACUUUUCAUAAGGAUAUUGAUACUUGAGACAUUAAUAGUCUGUUUGGCAUUAA